CCCCCGACAACGGACGAACCGCAAAAGCAAAAACCAGAGAGAAACCGCAACUCGAGGUCAAGGAGAGACAAGGGAACCACUGUCCCACGUUGUUGCUUUUGUUUCUCUCUUUCUCUCUCCUCUUGAGUUCGCAAGCUACUCUCAAACCCGUAUCAAUCACCGGCUUACCGCCUUUUUCCACCGGAAACUGCCCUUCUUCUUCUUCUUCCUCGGCGGUCUCUCGCCGAUCGCGUCUUAGAAAUGAGCACCGGCGAGCUUCUCAAUAUCGAGCCCCAGGAGCUCCAAUUCCCCUUUGAAUUGCGGAAGCAGAUCUCGUGCUCUCUCCAGCUCUUGAACAAGACCGAUAAAUAUGUGGCUUUCAAGGUAAAGACUACAAAUCCAAAGAAGUAUUGUGUUAGACCCAACACUGGAGUUGUUUUGCCUAGGUCUACCUGCGAUGUUAUUGUAACAAUGCAAGCACAAAAAGAGGCGCCAUCAGAUAUGCAAUGCAAGGACAAGUUCUUGCUUCAGAGCGUGGAAGCGAGCGCGGUCGCUACAGCAAAAGAUGUCACACCAGAAAUGUUCAGUAAGGAAUCCGGGCAUCUUGUCGAAGAGUGUAAAUUGAGGGUCGUCUACGUCGCUCCACCUAGGCCGCCGUCGCCAGUUCGGGAAGGAUCGGAGGAAGGUUCGUCGCCGAGGGCUUCAAUAUCAGACAAUGGGGUUCCAAAUUCUGUUGACUUUAGUAUUACUGCUUCAAGAGGUUCCGUUGAGCGACCCGGGCGAGCUGAGACUCAGGAGAACUCUUCCGAGGCUAGGGCUCUUAUUACAAAGUUAACGGAGGAGAAAAACUCUGCAAUUCAGCAAAAUAACAAGCUUCAGCAAGAACUGGAGCUCUUGAGGCGGGAAGACAGCAGAAGUCGCGCUAGCAUCCCAUUGAUGUAUGUUGUUAUCAUUGCCUUCCUUGGCAUUAUUUUUGGGUACGUCCUGAAGAAAACAUGACCAACAUUGUUGCUUCUCUUGCCCCCCUCAAUGGUGUUUCCUACGCUGGAAAAUGAAUGAUAUGUAAAAAACUAGAAGAAAAAACGAAUGUGUGACUGGUUAGUGGAGAACUGUUGUGUAUGGCAUUAGAGAACAUCUGGAUGUGUGACCCUUUUUGCUUAUUUUAUUUAUUAGCAGGCAAUGACAUUUCAAGAACUUGCUCAGAUGGGUUUUUUAAAUUGCCAAAUACCAAGCAAUCCAAAAAAAAAAAAAAAUCACUUCAAACGAAGUGAGGUCCUCUUUUUUGUGUGUAUAUGUCCGUAGAUUAGAAUGUCUCAAGGAUCUUAAACUAUCAAACUGUUAUGAGUGAUGCAAACUAUGUCUUUAA